UCAAAUCUCUAAACUUAACGACCCUUCAAUUUGCUCUUUCGUUUUUUAUUACAAAAAAAAAAGUGGGUCUCAUUUCUUCUUAAAAAGUCAUCUAAUUUGUCUUUCUUCUUCUUUUUUCUCUGAUAUGUAGCUUCUUUUCUUCGGACUUUGCCUGUCAGACCCCUUUUUUUGUUGGUGGGGAUUAAAGGGUUUUUUUCUUUUUUUAAUUUUCAGGUGGAGAUCAUAAAACCUUAGUAUCUCCAAAGGGAAAGUUUUGAAUUUUAUUUGUGGUUUUUUUAACGUAAAAAUCCAAGCUUUAAAUCUGUAAGUUAAUGGCGGCGCCGCCGAGUAGUAGGCUACAAAAAAUGUUACAGGCAGCGGUGCAAUCGGUUCAAUGGACGUAUAGUCUUUUCUGGCAAAUUUGUCCUCAACAAGGUAUCUUAAUAUGGUCCGAUGGAUACUACAAUGGAGCAAUCAAAACAAGAAAAACAGUGCAACCAAUGGAAGUUAGUACAGAAGAAGCAUCUUUACAAAGAAGCCAACAACUCCGAGAACUUUACGACUCGUUGUCUUCCGGCGACACCAACCAACCGGCUCGACGACCGUCUGCCGCGUUGUCGCCGGAAGAUUUAACGGAAUCCGAAUGGUUCUAUCUAAUGUGUGUCUCCUUCUCUUUUCCCCCUGGUGUAGGGUUACCUGGAAAGGCAUAUGCAAGGAGGCAACAUGUAUGGCUUACAGGUGCAAACGAAGUUGAUAGCAAAACAUUUUCAAGAGCUAUUCUUGCCAAGAGUGCUUGUAUACAGACUGUGCUUUGCAUUCCUAUUCUUGAUGGUGUUCUUGAACUUGGAUAUACCGAAAAGGUGCAAGAAGAUUUAGGGUUAGUCCAGCACGUUAAAACUUUCUUCAACGAUGGAAAAGCACCAAACCCUCCGCCACCAAAACCGGCUCUCUCCGAACAUUCAACGUCGAACCCGGCCGCUUCAUCGGACUACACUCGAUUUCAUUCCCCUUCCAUUCCUCUCGUUUACGCAGCAGCGGACCCACCGGUGAACGCCGACCAAGGAGAGUAUAACAACGUUGAUGAAGAGGAGGAGGAAGAAGAAGAAGAUGACGACGAUGAAGAGGGAGACGAAGAACCCGAAUCGUACUCGGCCGAAACGGGUCGAACCACGCAACAAGUCCCGACGGAAAACACUCUGGCAGUAGUGGCGGCGGAGGAGCCGAGCGAGUUAAUGCAAUUGGAUAUGUCGGAAGAUAUCAAGCUCGGUUCACCUGACGAUGCAUCGAAUAACUUGGACUCGGAUUUCAAUAUGUUGGCGGUGAGUCAAAGCGGGAACCCAACCGACAAUCAACGGCGAGCUGAGUUGUUUAGAGAUGAGUCGAAUCGGAGGUGGCAAAUGCUACAAGAACCCUCGUGCGGUAGUCUUCAACCACUUUCAACAGGGCCGCAGCCAGUGGACGAAAUGUCACAAGAAGACACGCACUAUUCACAGACCGUCUCCACUAUCCUCCAAGCUCAACUGGCCCGGUGGACCGAGUCACCGUCAACCGUCAACGCCGCCACCUACUCCACCCAAUCAGCAUUUGCCAAGUGGACAACCCAUUCAGACCACCACCUCCACUCCGCCGUCGUCGAAGGCACGUCACAAUGGCUCCUCAAAUACAUCCUAUUCACCGUACCAUUCCUCCACAACAAAUACCGCGACGAGAACUCCCCCAAAUUACGCGACGCCGCCGUCGCCGCCGCACGGUUCCGGAAAGGAACCCCCAACGAAGACCUCAGCGCCAACCACGUCCUGGCGGAGAGACGGAGGCGCGAAAAGCUCAACGAGCGGUUCAUAAUAUUAAGAUCCUUGGUCCCCUUCGUCACUAAAAUGGACAAAGCUUCCAUCCUCGGCGACACCAUCGAGUACGUCAAACAGCUCCGUAAAAAGAUUCAAGACCUCGAAACCCGAAACAAGCAAAUGGAGGCCGAUAACGACCGGCCGAGAUCGGCCGAUUCGAUGCAGAGAAAUAGCAGCUCUAAGGAUCAAAGAAGUGGGUUAACGACACGAUCAUCGGGUCCGGAUAAAAAGAAGAUGAGGAUAGCGGAAGCAACAAAGCAGAAGACGGCGGAACCUGCACCGCAAACGGCGGAAACGUCGGUCGAAGUGUCGAUAAUCGAAAGCGACGCGUUGCUGGAGUUGCAGUGCGGGUACAGAGAAGGGUUGUUGCUUGAUAUAAUGCAGAUGUUAAGGGAAAAGCUACGGAUCGAGAUAACGGCGGUUCAGUCUUCAUUGAACAAUGGGUUGUUUACAGCUGAAUUAAGAGCCAAGGUGAAGGAUAAUAUGAACGGGAAGAAAGUAAGCAUAAUGGAGGUGAAGAGGGCGAUAAAUCAAAUAAUACCAUAAUUAUAAUAUUUGACUAUUAAUUAAUUGAUAAUUAUUAUAUAAGAAUAAUUAUAUAAAUGUUAGACUAGAUCCACCUAAUUGUGUUACUGACUGUAAUUACUUGAACAGUGUAGAAUUUUUUUACUUUUUCAUUAUUGUUUUUGUAGUAUAUAUGGCUAUUGUGUGGUUAAGCAAUAAGCAGCCAUUUCCUUAAUUGUUAUAUAACAAUGACAAUUUCUUCACGUAUAGUUUUUGUAUGAUAUUAAUGUGUUUUGACUUUAUUGAUGAAUGUAGUUAUAUUUAUAUAAAAGGUAAAUUAUAUUUAA